UCUGCAGAGAUGGCCCUGGGCGACGCGCCGGCCGCGCGCGGCCCUGACGAGGAGGCGGAGGACGACGCUCUGGCCCGCGGCGCCGCCCUGGAGGCCUUCGGCGAGAGUGCGGACACCCGCGCGCUGCUCGGCCGUCUGCGGGAGGUGCACGGCGACCGCGCGGCCCGGGAGCUGGCGGAGGAGCGGUUCCGCGUAAUAAUGGACAAGUAUCAGGAGCAGCCGCACCUGUUGGACCCACAUCUUGAGUGGAUGAUGAACUUGUUAUUGGACAUGGUGCGAGAUAAGACAUCUCCAACUGCCCUCAUGCAUCUGGCUUUUAAAUUUCUUUACAUCAUCACCAAGGUUCGAGGAUAUAAAAUAUUUCUUCGUUUAUUUCCUCAUGAAGUAGCUGAUGUGGAGCCUGUUUUAGACAUGUUUGCAGGCCAGGACCCCAAGGACCACGAGACCUGGGAGACUCGCUACAUGCUCUUACUGUGGCUGUCUGUGACCUGCCUGAUCCCUUUUGAUCUUUCACGCCUUGACGGGAAUCUCCUUACCCAACCUGGGCAGGCACGAAUGUCCAUCAUGGACCGCAUUCUCCAGAUAGCACAGUCCUACUUGGUUGUCAGCGACAAGGCCCGGGAUGCAGCUGCCGUCCUCGUGUCCAGAUUUAUCACACGCCCGGACGUCAAGCAGCAGAAGAUGGCAGGUUUCCUGGACUGGAGCUUGUGCACCUUGGCCUGCUCCUCCUUCCAGACCCUUGAGGGGGUCAUCGCCAUAGACGGGACGCUGCAGGCCCUGGCACAGAUAUUCAAACAUGGAAAACGUGAAGACUGUUUACCCUAUGCUGCCACCGUCCUCCAGUGCCUUGAUGGCUGCAGACUCCCUGAGAGCAACCAGACCCUGCUCCGGAAGCUGGGGGUGAAGCUCGUGCAGCGGCUGGGGCUGACCUUCCUGAAGCCGAAGGUGGCAGCGUGGAGGUAUCAGCGCGGCUGCCGCUCUCUGGCUGCCAAUCUGCAGCCCUUCACUCAGCAGCGGCCUGAACCGCAGACGCUCCUUGUGCCUUCUGACUGCCACGAAGACGACGUCCCAGAGGGCGUGGAGAGCGUGAUUGAGCAGCUGCUGGUCGGGCUGAAGGACAAGGACACCGUGGUGCGGUGGUCUGCCGCCAAAGGAAUCGGCAGGAUGGCUGGACGGCUUCCCAAAGAACUGGCGGACGACGUGGUUGGGUCUGUGUUGGAUUGUUUCAGUUUUCAGGAGACGGAUAAGGCCUGGCAUGGCGGAUGUCUGGCGCUGGCGGAACUGGGCAGGAGAGGCCUGUUGCUUCCGUCUCGACUUGCAGAGGCUGUCCCUGUGGUCCUGAAGGCGCUGACGUACGAGGAGAAGCGGGGCGCCUGCAGCGUGGGCGCCAACGUCAGGGACGCCGCCUGCUACGUGUGCUGGUCCUUCGCGCGUGCCUACGAGCCGCAGGAGCUGACGCCCUUCGUGACGGCGAUUUCGAGCGCACUGGUGAUUGCCGCAGUGUUUGACCGAAACGUCAACUGCAGAAGAGCUGCCUCUGCCGCCUUCCAGGAGAAUGUGGGGAGACAGGGCACUUUCCCUCACGGAAUCGACAUUCUGACCGCGGCGGACUACUUUGCUGUCGGUAACAGAGCCAACUGUUUCCUGGUCAUAAGCGUGUUUAUCGCCGGCUUUCCUGAGUACACCCGACCGAUGAUCGACCACCUGGUCACCAUGAAAGUCAGCCACUGGGAUGGGGUCAUCAGAGAGCUGGCAGCGAAGGCUCUGUCCAACCUGGCCCCGAGAGCACCUGAGUACAGCGCCACUCAAGUUUUCCCGAGGCUGCUGUCGAUGACACGGAGCCCAGAUCUGCACACACGGCACGGGGCGGUGCUGGCCUGCGCAGAGGUCGCCUAUGCCUUGCACAGACUCGCAGCGCGGGAGAACAGGCCCGUCACGGACUACCUGGAUGACAAGGCCGUGCAGGGCCUGAAGCAGAUCCACCAGCAGCUCUGGGAGCGUCAGUUGUACAGGGGUCUUGGUGGAGAACUCAUGAGACAAGCAGUGUGCAUUUUAAUAGAAAACUUGUCACUUUCCAAGAUGCCCUUUAAAGGGGACACCAUAAUCGAUGGUUGGCAGUGGCUGAUAAACGACACUUUGCGAAGUCUCCAUCUCAUUUCAAGUCACGCCAGACAGCAGCUCAAGGACGCGGCUGUCUCGGCCCUGGCCGCGCUCUGCAGCGAGUACUACGUGAAGGAGACCGGGGAGGCGGAUCCCGCAGUUCAGGAGGGGCUGAUCGGCCAGUAUCUCGCCGAGCUGCAGAGCCCCGAGGAGAUGACUCGCUGCGGCUUCUCUUCGGCCCUGGGCGCCCUCCCCGGCUUCCUCCUGAAGGGCAGAUUCCAGCAGGUUCUAGCAGGUCUGAGAGCCGUUACCCUCACCUCUCCCGAGGACGUGAGCUUUGCCGAGUCCAGGAGAGAUGCCUUGAAGGCCAUCGCGAGGAUUUGCCAGACUGUCGGUGUGAAAGCCGGAGCUCCGGACGAAGCUGUGUGCAGAGAAAACGUGUCCCAGGUCUACGGGGCGCUGCUGGGCUGCAUGGGUGACUACACCACCGACAGCCGAGGGGAUGUGGGGGCCUGGGUCCGGGAGGCCGCGAUGACUGGUCUGAUGGACCUCACGCUUCUGCUGGGGCGGAGCCAGCCUGAACUCGUCGAGGCCCACAUCUGUGAGCAGGUCAUGUGCCGCGUGGCCCAGCAGGCCAGCGAGAAGAUCGACCGGUUCCGCGCUCACGCGGCUGGCGUGUUCCUGACGCUGCUGCACUGUGACCCUCCCACCCCCCACGUGCCCCACCGAGGAGAGCUGGAGAAGAUUUUCCCCAGGUCGGACGUGGCCUCUGUGAACUGGAAUGCUCCGUCUCAGGCCUUCCCUCGGGUCACCCAGCUCCUGGGGCUGCCCGCCUACCGCUACCACGUCCUGCUGGGGCUGGUUGUGUCCGUGGGCGGCUUGACGGAGUCGACGGUCAGGCAUUCCACACAGAGCCUCUUCGCAUACAUGAAGGGGAUCCAGAGGGACCCCCAGGCCCUGGAAAGCUUCGGCAAGACCCUUCUACAGGUUUUUGAGGACAACCUUCUGAAUGACAGGGUGUCUGUGCCGCUGCUGAGGACGCUGGACCAGAUGCUCGCCAACGGCUGCUUCGAGGUCUUUGCCGUGGAGGAGGACCACCCCUUCUGCGUGAAGCUGCUUGCGCUUUGCAAGGAGGAAAUCAAGAGGUCCAAGGACGUCCAGAAGCUCCAGUCGAGCAUCGCAGUGUUCUGCGGGAUGGUGCAGUUCUGCGGCGCCGUGCGGAGGCAGGUGCUCCUGCAGCUGUGUCUGCUGCUCUGCCACCCCUUCCCCCUGAUCCGGAAGACCACGGCGAGCCGGGCGUACGAGAUGGUGCUCACCUACAGCGACGUCGUGGGCGCCGACGCGCUGGACGAGGUCCUGGCUGUGCUCAGCGACACGGCGUGGGACGCGAAGCUGCCAGCGGUGAGAGAGCAGCGGAACCGCCUGUGUGACCUCCUGGGCGUGCCCCGGCCCCAGCUGGUGGCCAAGGUAACCCUGCGUCACCCCCUCCGCACUACGGGGACGUGAGGCACCGCGCUGCCCGAUGCCCUGUCAUCUAGAAUGUUCCGGGUCCCUCAGUCACACCACCAGCCCUUUGUUGAGGGGGAGAGUUAGGGCGUGGGGUUCCCCCAUAACUUGGAAUUUAAAAAUAACUUUAUUACAAAGGAAAAACACACCCAUCUCAGUGCGUCCACGCGCAGCACAGGCUUCUGGGGCCUCUGGGGUCUGGGACCGGCAGGGCUGGCUCCACGGACGAGGUUUGGCACCUUUCCACGUGACCACGCUCUGCUCCGUGCCUGUUCAGGCCUUUCCCUGUCUGCCUGCCCGGGUUCCUCACGUACUUUGCAUGCCGCAAACAUCCGGGUCCAGGAGGACCUUCUCAUCCUUGGAUUUAGUACGUUGCAACUCACUGUUUCCCUUUUUAUUGAGUUUCAUGACUCCUGCUUAAGGAACCUCUGCCCACUUCCAGGUUAUGUUGAGUCUCCAGUUUUUUCUGAAAACUUUGUUUUAACUUUUCCCCUGAAAUUCACGGUCCACCUGGAACUGAUUUUUGUAGCUGAGGGGAGGGCACGCGCGUGACUGGCUCUGGGCUCUUCCACGGACCCAUCUGUCCAGCAGAGACAGGUGUGUGGUAUCUGGCUGUGUCCUCCCGUUUUAUU